AUGAAUAUUCGAUUUGGCCUAUUGAAAAACAUCACGGUUGCCAGAUGUGUAGAUUUGUAUCAGGCGAAGCCGGUUGAGUCUUCAACAAUCAUCACACAUCUCAUUAUAAUUGUUGGCGGCUUAUUGUCGAACACAUGUUUACAUUUCGUGUUUUCCGAUCGCCCAAAAUUGGGAACGGCGAGCUUCGCCUACAUUCGAAUCAUCGGCAUAUUUCAAUUCGUCUUCUUCAUUAUUCCAUUUCCACUGAAAAUCUUAACCGAUUAUUAUCAAGAAGGACGCACUUGGAUCGCCGCAAACUUUCUUCCAGUUCUUCUAGCCCUGUUCCAUUUUUCAAUAUCAACAUUAUGUCUAUGCUUUGUAGUGCGACUUUUAUUACUACUAAAUUGUAUUCGGCGUUGCCGACGCUGGAAUUCGGUCUCAUGGGUGGCGUGGCGCAAAAUAUUUUGCCUUUUACCAUUCGGCACAAUUGUCAACGUGUCACUAUGCUUCGAAUGGGUUAUCGACUACGAGCAAUGCGUCUAUGGCGAUCAAUUGUACGCGAUUGGACGACCUCAUCUCUCCGAGGCCGCUCUCCAAAAACACAUUAAAACCGACCUCAUUCGUCUGAUUCCAACCGUAAUUUACUGGAUCUGCAUCAUGUGCACGCUGACAUUUCUCGCCUCUGAGAAGUGCAUUCUGCCGAAGUUGGGAAGCCCGUAUGCGGCCAAACACAUCCCACUGUUUUCAAACCUUCAACCAUUGCUCAUUUCACUGAUUUUGUCGCAUUCGGUGGUUCACGUGUACACCACACUUCAUCUAAUUUACAAUCAGGAAAUUCAAGAGUCGACGAGGAAUUUGAUGUUCGGCGUCUCGUACAGUCUACCAUUUCCCCUAAUGUUUAUUCUGAGCAGCACAUUUCGAUCUCAUUUGUUCCACAUCAUCAGCAACUUUUUCCAGAGUCGCCCGCGUUCAAGAAAAGAUUCGACCCUUCAGAAGAUGACCUCACAAAUUACACGCCAUAUGGCCUAUUCGAAACUGGAAAUGGAGAAUUCCGAAAUGGACGAUCGCCUUCUGAAUCCAAGAACAAUGAGCAUGAGAGCGUUCCUUCGAGAAGAUGCAAUUUACAGGGUCCGAUUCGCAACCCAACAAGAGACAAUCCAAAUCAUUGAUGAGGAAGACUCGGAUGAGCGGACCACCUACCGAUCGAUCAAUGCACUUCCGCUAGUGAUCGCAGCGGAGGAUAACGGAUAA